ACGUCAUGAUGUGCUUGCAGGGUCAAGCUGUUGCUCAGCUCUGUUCAACCAUUCCCAAUGUUACUGUUUUUGGAACAGCUUCAUCUUUCAAACAUGAAGCAAUCAAAGACUCAGUAACUCACCUGUUUGACAGAAAUGCAGACUACGUGCAAGAAGUAAAAAGAAUCUCAGCAGAAGGGGUAGAUAUUGUUUUGGAUUGUCUGUGUGGAGAAAAUACCGGGAAAGGCCUCAGCCUUCUCAAACCACUUGGGACCUACAUUUUAUAUGGUUCAUCUAACAUGGUUACUGGGGAGACAAAAAGCUUCUUCAGUUUUGCAAAAUCAUGGUGGCAGGUUGAGAAAGUGAAUCCUAUCAAGCUGUAUGAGGAGAACAAAGUCAUUGCUGGAUUUUCUCUGUUGAACCUACUUUUCAAACAGAAUCGAGGUGGUUUGGUCAAGGUUGUGAUGGAUAAACUCCUAAAUCUGUAUAACAGUAAGAAGAUAAAGCCUGUGGUUGAUUCAUUAUGGGCUUUGGAAGAGGUGAAGGAGGCCAUGCAGAGAAUCCAUGACCGAGGUAACAUAGGAAAAUUAAUUCUGGAUGUGGAGAAAGCACCCACUCCCCUGGUGAGUGCAAAGCACUACGUACGUGGCGUACAGUCUCACAAGAUGGCCAACGACAGCACAGAGACAAGUGAGGCUGGAGAGGAGGAAGAAGAUCACGAAGGGGACAAUGAGAAUAAAGAGCGCAUGCCAUUCAUCCAGUAACAGCCAGAGGUGAUGGAAGCAGAAUGAUUGAUCGAGUAGAAGGGAACAAGACUGGGAAAUAUUCUCUGCAUCAGUGAACAAAUGCUGUAGUACAGUGUGUGUUGUAUUUGUCUGCAGUCAGCUGAGCUAUGAGCUGUUGAUCAUUGUUUUGAACUUCAAGUGCCAUUCUCAUCCAGUGCAGUAUUAUGACAUUCCUGUGUAAAACCCAAUUUCCCUGUAGGAGUCCCAUGGAUUUUUCUGUUUCAGUUUAAAAGCCUCAUUAACUUACUGUGUAAUUUUAGAUGGGCAUCUUUCUCAUGCAAAUUCCAACUUUUUGCAUAAAGUUAUUUGGAGGGUUGAGCUUUUUUUUGCAAGUUGACGACCACAGUAACAAAAAGUAUUGCCCACUUGCUGUGUUGAAGAUUCUGCUAAUUGGAGGGAGGAUUCUUAAUUUUGUGAAUUUUUCAGUGUUACAAUAGUUUUCCUUUUAUGAACCACAGAUAGAAGUUUCAAAAAUGGUAAGUUUAUUUUCCUUUAUCACGCUUCCUCAUUUUAUAAGCAAUCCUGUCUUCAUUUUCAAAAAUACCUCAUUUUGAGUUGUGGAAUCUGAAAUUGUGCAAGACACCAUUAAUUGACAGACAGACUUUGAUUGCUAUUGCAUAAUCAUAUUAGCCAUCAGCACCAGUAAUUAAACACUUCAUUCAGAGUGUCAGCUAUCUUGCUUUCCUGUUGAUCUGAGUUAUCGCCCCAUAUGUUUUAGGCACCAGAGGUCAGUUAGCUACUCAUUUUAGAGCCAGAACAAUUUGCAUUGUUACUGACAGUUCAACAUCAUGUUCUACGAAGGAUGCAUUGACUUAUCUGUGUCUAAAAUCCGGAACAUUUGUAAAUUUAACUUUUAAAUCCUAUUAGUAAGGAUCACUCUUCAGUAUGUGGAAAUAAUUUGUUGGCAGAGUUUACUACUCUGAAAUCACUAUGUAUUGAUCAACUAUGAAGCUGGAGCUGAACUUCUAAAGAAGUUAACCCUUUUAAAAGUGACUUUUAGACCUUAAUCCCAUCACAAAUUAUACAUGGGGAUAACUUUACCUAGGCGAGUAAUUCCAUUAAAAGCUCUGCUCCAUGUGUAUGGUUAUAUUUGUGAUUAUUUGAAGGAUCAAAUAUACAAAGACCAGCUAGUCUAUCUACCUCCCACUAGUGGAAAUAUGUCUAAACCUGACAAAAGUAAAUAUUUUUUCUUGACUUUCACCUAUCCAAACAGAAGCUACUCAGGUCCUCGGUGGUCUUGUUGAAAUAAACAUUUUAAAAUAAUUGCAAACAACUUCAGUAGAAAUGCUAAAAGAAAGUCAGAGACCUUGUUAUAAUGCCAUGUAUCUUUGAAUUAAUAUAUUUUUAGUAUAUUUUUAGCAAAAGAAGUUAUUUCUCCAGGCAUGGUUAGUUGUGCUCCUAAUUCUACAAAUAUGUAGUUGUGAUAGAAGUUGAAAAAUAUACAAAAGGGGAGAGGGAUUGCUUCUCAGGCUUUUCUCAAUGUGAAAGUAAUUGUGAGUCUGGAUUACUUUUACGUGUGGUUUUAGAGGAUUGUGGUUU